AUGGCCGACAAACUCCGCGCCCAACAACAACUCGAAGCCCUCCAAGCGCGCUACAUCGGCAUCGGCAGUGCAGACACGACAAAACAUGAAUGGACGUCCAACAUUGCCCGCGACUCGCUCACCAGCUACAUCGGACACGCGCCACUGUUGCAAUACAUGAGUAUUGGGCUGGGCCAGCCGCGCGAGAAGACGCGCGUGCAACUGCUCGAGCGCAUGGUCAGGCCUGUGGGACCGCCGCCCGAGCAGCAAGAUUGA